CUGAAAUCGAAUGGCGUCUGCGUUGCCUGGAGACCGUUGCCACAGCAACGCUUAAACAAGCCAAGCGCGAGCCUUGCAGAAGGUAAGAGAGGCAGAGUAUAAAAGCGGAUCCCGGAGUGAAGAAGGGCAUGAAAGUAGGGCGAGAACCUGGAGAGGAUCCGGUAAUGAGAAGUGAGUCAGAACUGAAGAACGAUGCGGAUCCUCGGCACGUGAGCGUGCAGCAGCACACACCAGGGUCUCCUCAGCAGGCCAGGGUACGAGGAAGCCGUGUAAGAUUUCCUUCGAUACACAUUGAAAGACUGAAAACAGCCAAAGCUCUAGUGGCCAAAGCUGUAAAGGAAAAGAAAGUGUUCUCGGUGCAGGGGCCCUAUCCUGUAAUCCGCGCCGCUCUUAGGGCUCGGGGCUGGGUGGAGCGACGGAUGCCUCUGCAGUCCUCAUGGGGUCAUCAGCAUGGAAACCAAGAAGCCACUGAAGAUACUGACAGCAGCAAUGAUGACGACCAAGGACAGGAGAGAGACAAUAACACUGAUGACUUGUACAACCUCAUGUCUCGUCUAGCACAAAACGAAGUGACCUAUUUCUACUGGACCACAAAGAGAGACACAGUCGACUAUCUGUUAUUACAAAAAGACCAGAUGACUAAUCACUACACAAAAGCAGAGUCCUUCACCACCAAGGUGGGCUUGUGCGUGAGUUUGAGGAACCUGCAGUGGUUCGACCCGACGGACCCCGACAGCUUCUUUCCACGCUGCUACAGGCUCGGAGCAGUGGACGAAAAGCAAGCAUUCACUGAUGACUUUAGACGUACUGCAUGCACAAGCUUGCUACGGUAUGUUGUCGAGAGAGCCGCAGGGCAGGUGGAGGACGACAGAACGGGCGAAAUCCAUCGUGUCCAACAGCCUCAGGGUCUGGACAAGCAACAUAAACCGCAGACUAUUCAGAAGGUCGGAGUCGGACUGAUCGAGACGGCACUGCGGGUGUGUCAGGAAUAUCUCAACAGCCUGGAACACAGCGACAUAGACGUAUCCUUGGAAACCCCGCCCACUCUCUCAGAGCAACAGUGGACAGAAGUUAUCAACAGCUACUACCUGGUCAUUCACAAAGGCGUGAAAAUACAGGAAUGUACCCGGUAUGCAGAGCGCUGUAAGUCCAUGCUAGCGCAAAUGCAAAAGGUCUGUUCACAGCUAGAGCUAGAUGGAGUUAAUAACAUCUGGAUCAUCAAACCAGGGGCGAAAUCAAGAGGCAGGGGUAUCGUAUGUAUGAACAGGCUAGAUGAGAUCCUGGAUUUAGUAGACAGCGACCCAACUCUGAUUAAAGACAGUAAGUGGGUGGUGCAGAAGUACGUAGAGCGCCCCCUGCUGAUUCACGGUACCAAGUUCGACCUGCGCCAGUGGUUUCUGGUGACGGACUGGAACCCUCUGACAGUGUGGUUCUACCGCGAGUGCUACCUGCGUUUCUCCACCCAGCUCUACUCCACACACAGACUGGACAGCUCUGUCCAUCUCUGCAACAACUCCAUUCAGAAAUAUUUCCAGCCGAGCGCAGGUCGUGACCCAUCGUUGCCUGCGGAAAGCAUGUGGUCGUGCGGCGAGUUCCGCUCCUGGCUCACGGCUUCGGGUCGAGGAGGUCUGUGGGAGGAAGUGGUGCUUCCGGGCAUGAGAAGUGCCGUGAUCCAGACUCUCCUGACUGCGCAAGACAGCGUCGAGCCACGCAAGGCCAGCUUCGAGCUCUACGGCGCAGACUUUCUCCUGGGGCGUGACCUCCAUCCGUGGCUGCUGGAGGUGAACGUCAGCCCCACCAUGUCCUGCUCCACAGCCGUCACUGCCCGACUCUGCCCCGCCGUCCAGGAGGACACACUGCGAGUGGUGCUGGACCGACGCUACGACCGCAACACAGACACUGGAGGCUUCCAACUCAUAUACAAGCAGGCCGCAGUGGAAGUUCCUCAGAGCUUGGGCAUCAACCUUCUGGUGGAAGGAGCUCAAAUCAGACGUCCACGUACAUCUCGAACUAGAAAAUUUAACAGGUCUCGUUACGAAUCUCUGCACAAAUCCAGACGUGUUCCCCAAUCUCACAAGUGUCCUUCAGGUAAGAAGAACCAGUGUGAGGAAAAGAAGGAAGAAGAGGAAGAGGAGGAGGAGAAGAAGAUGAAGAAGACCUGGCCACCCGUCUCCGCCCGAAAGGUCACAAUGCCGAGAUCAUUAACUUUACAGCCUGCGAUUGAGAAAAGACCCCCGAGACAUGCUUUACCUUCGCCAUCAGGUUCUUCUAAUCUGUCUAAACAUCAUCAGCUUCACACUUCACACACACAUCAUACACACGUGCGCACCGAUCCGACACACACCUACAUUUGCACUCCCAGGACCCAGAGACGUGUGCUCUCUCUGAAACGACUUGAACUGUCGCUGGACAUAGUCAGUUUGCAACCCGCGACCUACUGCGAGGGCUUUUCCCACCAGAACGCAAGCACAAACACUGCUCGUCAUGCAGCUCAGCCCGUCCUACACCUGAACCAGUACUUCUCACCGCUCCAGCGACAACAAGCAGAGGCGCACAGGAACAAAGCUCACGUUGCCUUGAGAGACUGUACACGCCAAAGCCCGAAAGAUAAAGGUGCAAUUUCAAAAACGUGAUCAACCAAACAUUAUUGGACUUCACAGAAUUAAAAUAGUAACAUUAUCUGAGACGUUUAGGAGGCAUUUUAUGGUCGGUGUUCAUGUUGCAUUCAUUCGUUUUAUUUUUUUAUUUUUUAUUUUUUUAAAUAAACAAUUGAGGAAACUGUGAACAAAAUA